GUAAAAUGCUUCCCUUGCACUCUUGGGGUGACAUCCAUUACGUCACUUCCUGAGCUCACCGCGUCUGACAGAGGAGCACACCUCACAAGUUUCUAAGAUUUUGGCGUCGUUUAAGAAUUUCCUUUAGAGCAACCAUUGCCCCCUGUGGUGUCUUGAGGCUGUACAUAACCUUAAAGGUUUGUGAUAUUUCCUUACAAAUAUGUCGGACUCGGACAGUGAGUUUGAGGCUGCCCUUCUAGGGGAGGGAGAUGAGGAGGAGGAAGAGCCAUCUGAUGAUCCAGACUACGACGUAGAGUCUGAGGAAACCGCUUCAUCCGAUGACGAAAAACGAGCUGCCCGUUCAAAGAUAAAACGCGCGGACCCCGUGAAGAUUUGGACGGUUUCGUCGUCGCACAUCGUGCCCGUGGGCGCGACGGGAAGCGGACAGGUCAAGCGAGGUCAUCAAGGAUCCGUCGCGAACAGCAAGAGGCAGAAACAGGAAAACGCUAACACCUCUUGUAGCUCAGCAGUCGAGCAAGAGAAUGAAGAUUAUGAAGAAGAUGAUGACUAUGAAGACUAUGAAGAAGAAGAAAACAGUAAUAAGGAAGAGGAAAACCUGACGUGCAAGCUCUGCUCAGAAACGUUUCAAUCCAAGAUGGUUCUGGAUGCACACCAGUGUAAAGACGCCAUAUACUACUGUAAGAUCUGUUACAUGCAGAGUACCAGACCGCGACAGUACGCGCUCAUGCCGCUCUCGGAGGCCGAGCGACACUUCUACAUCCACUUCCACCAGGGUUACCUCGGAAACAAGGACUCGACGAGGACGGAUCGCAUCUCCUUCAAGUUCCAAGUCCCUGAAGAGCUGAGGGGAAAAACCUCCUUUAUAACCUGCGAUGACGACCUGGUGCAACUGAAAGACUUGUACAUUGGAACAUUCCAAACGGAAGACGACGACAAGCCGCACAGCUGUGGUUUAUGUGGCGUAAGGUUCUCCCUACCCGGUCCGCGAUCGUGGCACGUCACCAAGAUGCACUUGGAACACAAGACCCGGAAGUGUGGCGUCGCGGACUGUGCGAAGCUAUCCUUCUCAACCAAAGACAAGCUUCUCCGCCACAUGUUCGAGGCACACAGUGAUUUAGUGGUGAAGGAGAGAUACUGGAAGUGCAACAUCUGUACCAUGCAGUUUCAGGACAGGACAGACUUGGAGUGGCACUUCUACUGGCACAUGAAACCGGCCGUGAAGAUUGGCGCGGCGAGUCAGAAGUACUCCCAGGGCCGGCCGCCAAGUCACGGCGGCUCGGCGGGCGGCGGGAGGCCUCAGUUCCGAUGCACCAUAUGCAGCUAUGAGACGGUCGAGAGCACAAAGGUGCCACUAUUCACAUCGUCAGAGGCACACGACCACCUAGCAUGGCACUGGCAGAACGAACGACCACCAGAACUCCCUACAACUCCUGUCUUAGACUUCAGCAAAGAUUCUGGACUGAUCCAUCGCUUGUACAUGAUACCGUUUGCGUCCAACCUGGCGGUCACUUGCAAGUUUUGCGGGAUGAACAUCACCGUGGACGGGACCUACAACCACUUGCAGUCGUACCACAAGCACAUGCUCACGGACCCCCACUGUUGCAUGCUCUCAAGGUGUAAGCACCUACAGUUUAGCGAGAAACGGGAUUUCUUUACUCAUAUGUUCUCGCAGCAUGUCACGGUCGUGAAGAAGAAUCGGAUUUUCAAGUUCCUGUGCCAGAUUUGUAACAAGACGUGCAACAACAGAGGCGAAGCGGAGUGGCAUUGUUAUUUCCACAAAACCAAGGGGGACAGGUGAUUGGAAAUGAAACGAACAUCCUUUUCAGAAAGUAUGCACCAGAAACACCCCUAGAUAUUAAGAAGAAAUGACAAUUGUGUUAAGCACUCUUCAAGUACCUAAAGUCUGUUAUGAAAAUUUUCACUGUGUGUCAUGUGUAUUGUAUGUGACAUUGCUUAUUAGGAUCAAUUGUAACAUCUCUAAACAAAAUGUACUGUAGUCAACAUUACUGCAAGAGUUACGAAGUACACAGGACAUUAAUGGAUGAAAUAUAUCGGGAAUGUACAUGGUAUUUCGGAAUAUUACUUUAUUUAGAAAAAUGCUAGUUUGGAUGACUAGGAAUUGAAGAAAUUGCUUGCAUUGUAUACACAUGUAGAUAAUGAUGGUUGAUAAUGAUGUUAAAUUGUUAAUGCUAUGUACAAUGGUAAUGUAAUAAUGAUGCCUAGAUGUUUAUAGUGACUAGUAUUUUAGUAUUGAUAUACAGACUUCUCUUGUUUGUUUUUUUAAAUGUACAUUAUUAUAUCAUUGGUGUACAAAGUGUUGAAUGGCCAACUGGCUAGGAUAGGGGACACGGGAUCAAGAAGUCAAGGGUUAGAUUCCUGUCAAUAGACUCCACAUAGGUGUAAAAAUGGGUUACUUGUACCUUACAAGUAGUUUGGUUGGGGAGGUAAAAGAAGUAGAAGGAGGCAAAUGGGCUCUGUUUUCUAAUGAUGUACACUAGAUGUUAGUACUGUGGAUAACAACCCACUACCAUAUAAGCCCCUGACUAUACAACCUUUCUUGUUAAUGACACUGUUGUUUUUCUCUACGCCAGUAGAAAAGCUAAAUAGCUAUAAUAGAAAGAUUCUGUAGUUAGAUAUAACCUUGAUGGAUUGUGAACACUCAAGAAAGGACAACAAAACAACAUUCAAACUUGCUGUUAUAUUUCAAUUCAAAUGGUAUGUAGGAAGCACUGUAAAUGUCUGAGAGAAACAUUAUCAUUCUACUUCAUCAACUAAAAAAGGCAUUUAAGAGAUUGUCUUCAUUUUGACAAAGAAGUAGGAGUUUAAACAUGGAUUGAAUGUAUUUGCGAUUGGUAGCUUCCAUUUCUUGGACAUGUCUUACAUGUUUGUAUAAUUUCUCAAAAUAAUAAUUAAAUGUCACGUUGGGUUGGGGUUUUGUGCGCGUGAAAAAUGUGCGCGUGAAAACUUGCGCGUGACAAUAUGCAAAUUAGCUGAUUCCCAAGGGAUUCAAAAAGUUUUUGCAGUUUUAAACUUAAAAAGUUCAAACAAGAUGGCACAGAAUGGAAUUAAGUAUUGUAUUGUUGCAUUCUAGGGUACAAAAUCUCGAUCUGAUUGAUUUUCAAGUGAUUUUCAAAUGUUAGGUUUUCACGCGCAAAAAAGUUUGAAAUCUGCGCGUGAAACAAUUUGCUUCAAAAAAGAUGAAAUGAAGCUUCUAGAAUGGAGAAAAACCUCAAAUUGUAACAUUUUACAACAUAAAACCUCAUACAAGUAAUUUUUCCAUUUAUUUCUGUGAAAUUAAUGGGAUUUUGGAUUGUUCAAAAUAUGCAAAUGAACCUAUUCCCAAGGGAUCUAAAAAUCAGGAUUUCUUCAAACCAAAAAUUCUGGUUACAUAUGGGAAAUUAUAUCAUAGGAUCAAAUUUUUCUGCCUUAGAAUUCCUUGCUGCACAUUUUCUGACAUAUUUCAGGAACUAUUUUUUCACGCGCAAAUUUUUCACGGGCACGCGCAAAUUCUCCACGCGCAGAAAACCCGUUCCCGUCACGUUUCUUUACCUGUUCUGAUAUGAACCUUUUGAAAUGGAAUGUCUUGUGAUGAAAAAUGUCAUAGCCAGCAGACCUAUACUUAGACAAUUCUCCUUAGGAGUUUUUGCAGCAAUGUUUAUAGAAAGACUUUUAUGCCAUGAGCACUACUUAAGUAGUAGUAUUAUCCUUUAUGCAUUUGCAAUGCUUUAGUAAUACAUGUAUUAUGUAUCCUUGCAAGAGCUUCCAAUAAACUCUAAGCUAGAACAUAA